AAUCUUAAAACAGUCACGCCCCCUUUUGCAAUGACCCGUCCCUUCACUGCGUGUAAAUCCGACAUCAGCAACCUGGAAAAGCUAGGAGCCUGGCGUGCUGAGCUGUCUCUGUGCAUGCGUGUGUGCGACAGGCAGCCGCAGAGCUGUGUACGCGGUACAGCGAGGGAGGCGUCGUCCCGAGCUUCUCCUCCUCCAUGCCAAAAAAAUACCCAACCCCACCUUCUGGAAACCUGACUAAUUGAAUUACUAAGAACUCGGAGUGGUUCCUGUGCAGCCUUACUGCUAAAGGUAACCAUUUCAACGCCGGAUGCUGCGACAGGCGUUGCGCGGGACCCCCGUGCGGACGGGUUUUCGCCUGCCACGAAAAACAGUGUACCGAGAAAUUCCAUCGAAACAGCAAACUCCUUGCCCGCAUUCCCCUCGCGGCGGGGCUCGGCACGCACGCCCCGGGCCACGCGCGGUGCACAGCGCAGCGCUGCGGGACCCGGCGGGGCGCGGGCGGACCUGCCGCAGCCUCGGAGGGGGCUCCGCUCCGCCACCGGCGGCGGAACACGGUGUGCGCCGGCUCGGCGUUCGGCCGCCAAAUGCCCGCGGGUGCGCGGAGGGGGCGUUGCGGCGCGGGCAGGUGAGAAGCUCCCGCAGGCGGGACGGGGCUCGGGCCUCCUCCCGCCGCUUCCACCCGCCGGCGGUGCCGUGCCGUGCCGUGCCGUGCCAGGCCGUGCCUGUCCCGGGCCGUGCCGGGCCGUGCCUCCCCGGGCCGUGCCGUGCCAGGCCGUGCCUGUCCCGCGCCGUGCCGGGCCGUGCCUGCCCCGGGCCGUGCCUCCCCGGGCCGUGCCUGUCCCGGGCCGUGCCUGUCCCGGGCCGUGCCGGGCCGGGCCGUGCCUGUCCCGGCCCGUGCCUCCCCGGGCCGUGCCGGGCCGGGCCCGCGGGGCGCUCCCGCCUCAGGCGCGGCCCGUUCGGAAGCGCCCCGACUCCCCCCAGCGGCGCGGCGGAGCAGCACGGCCCCAGCCACGGCCGCAUCCUGCGCGGGGCUCGGCUCCGCCGCGCCGCUGCUCGCUGGGCUGCUCAUGCCCCUGUGGCUUUCCUCAGCGUGGAGGAGGACAUUGCGGGUUAA